CAGGACUAGGAGUAGUACUACUAUUUCAGCUCGUAGAUACAGAUAAUGGGUUACGGGGCUUCCAGGGCUAGGGAAUUAAGGCUAGUUUUGGAGAAGAACCCUACUUCGACCCUUCCCCCAAGGCUACUCGAACUCCCACAGCUUCAACUAGCCGGGACCUGUGCGCAUGCGCCUCCGGGGCAGCAACCUUUCCAGCUGUGGCCCUCCCCCACCAUCCGGGUCCUCGCCGACCGCCGGGCCGGGAGCGGACGCAGUGUCUCCCGCAGCUGGGAUCCCAAUAAAGUUGCACUGAGCGGAAACCGGCCCGCGCCCGGCAAGAGCGCACGGAGCACCGGCGGAGACACCCUCCCCCGCUCCCCUCCCCCUGCCUGCCUCACUCAGCUUCUGUCUAUUGGUGUCUUAUUCCCUGUUGCCCACCCCCAAAAAUUUGGGAUACACCAGAUGCAAGAAAUGCUGAACCUUCCUGAAGAUAAAUCAGUGUUUUCCCAUCAUUGGUUAAUUGGUUCUUCUGUAGAAAGAUAGUACAUUGUUUAUCAUUUGUGAUAAUUGCUUCAAAUAUACAUUGACAUUUAGUGGUAAGAAAGUUUCUUGAAGAUAUAUAUCAAAUGACGUCAAUGGCCAGUUUGUUCUCUUUUACUAGCCCUGCUGUAAAGCGAUUAUUGGGCUGGAAACAAGGUGAUGAAGAGGAAAAAUGGGCAGAAAAAGCAGUUGAUGCUUUGGUAAAAAAGUUAAAAAAGAAAAAGGGUGCUAUGGAAGAACUGGAAAAAGCACUGAGUAGCCCUGGGCAGCCCAGCAAGUGUGUUACUAUUCCUAGAUCUUUAGAUGGAAGACUGCAGGUUUCUCACAGAAAAGGCCUACCCCAUGUUAUUUACUGUCGUGUCUGGCGUUGGCCUGAUUUACAGAGUCAUCAUGAACUGAAGCCAUUGGAUAUUUGUGAAUUUCCCUUUGGAUCUAAGCAAAAGGAAGUUUGUAUCAAUCCAUACCACUAUAAGAGAGUGGAAAGUCCAGUCUUACCUCCAGUAUUAGUGCCUCGACAUAGUGAAUUCAAUCCGCAACACAGCCUUUUGGUUCAGUUCAGGAAUCUAAGCCACAAUGAACCACAUAUGCCACAGAAUGCUACAUUUCCAGAUUCUUUCCAGCAGCCCAACAACACUCCUUUCCCCUUAUCACCGAAUAGCCCUUAUCCUCCUUCUCCAGCUAGCAGCACAUAUCCCAACUCUCCUGCCAGUUCUGGACCAGGAAGUCCAUUUCAACUUCCAGCUGAUACUCCCCCUCCUGCUUAUAUGCCUCCUGAUGACCAGAUGGGUCAAGAUAAUUCUCAGUCUAUGGAUACAAGCAAUAAUAUGAUUCCUCAGAUUAUGCCGAAUAUAUCCAACAGAGAUGUCCAACCUGUUGCUUAUGAAGAGCCCAAGCACUGGUGUUCCAUUGUCUAUUAUGAAUUAAAUAAUCGAGUUGGAGAAGCUUUUCAUGCAUCUUCAACAAGUGUUUUAGUUGAUGGAUUUACAGAUCCGUCCAACAACAAAAGUAGAUUCUGCUUAGGUCUAUUGUCAAAUGUUAAUCGUAACUCAACAAUUGAAAACACCAGGCGGCAUAUUGGAAAAGGGGUUCACCUUUAUUAUGUUGGAGGGGAAGUCUAUGCCGAGUGCCUGAGUGACAGCAGCAUAUUUGUACAGAGUAGAAACUGCAACUUUCAUCAUGGCUUUCAUCCUACCACUGUUUGUAAGAUUCCUAGUGGCUGUAGCCUAAAGAUUUUUAACAAUCAAGAGUUUGCUCAGCUUUUGGCUCAGUCUGUCAACCAUGGAUUUGAGGCAGUCUAUGAACUCACCAAAAUGUGUACAAUUCGAAUGAGCUUUGUAAAGGGCUGGGGAGCUGAAUAUCACCGGCAAGAUGUUACCAGUACUCCAUGCUGGAUUGAAAUUCAUCUUCAUGGCCCUCUACAAUGGUUGGAUAAAGUACUUACUCAAAUGGGCUCUCCUCUUAAUCCCAUAUCUUCUGUUUCAUAGUGCUGAAGGCUUAUCUUCAGUUACUAUAUUAGUGACCUUAUUUUAAUUUUAGAUUCAGUAUGGAUACUUCAGUAUGGAUACUGUGAGCUUACAUGGAGAACAUAUAUUACAGCUUACUUUUUUCUACCUACUUGUGACCAAUACAUUUGUAUUUUGUAAUGAAUUUCUGUUUUUAUUCAUAGUUGUAUUAUAAAAAUGGUAGUUGAAGUCUCAAAAAUGGCCUGAAAGAUGCAGAGCAAGUAUUGUGACCGUUCAUAUAUAUAUAUGGUUAAUUAUUUGAUUUCACAUUUAUCUUAAACUGGAAAAUGCUUUUACUUCAAUGUCACCAAUUUUUAAAUGAACAAAAAAUAUCUCAGAGUGUGGGAACUUCAGAGAACAUAUGUUUCUUUUUUAAAAAAAAAUAUAAAAUGUGUUUUAGUUAAAGAAAUGCCAUUCACUGGUCUAGCUUUCUGAUAGUAAUAAAGCAAAACUAUACUUUUAUAAAUGAAACAUCAUAAAAUUUACAUUUAUUUCCACUAAAUAUUUGCCUUACACAGUAAUGUGACUUCAAUGUAUAUUUUGAAAUACACUUAAAAAAUUAUUGCAGACAAGUGGUAUCAGAUAUGUGACAAUAUUCUAGUUCUGUCAUGAACACUACUGUAUAUAGCUGGAUGACAGGUCACAGGUUUGGUCCACUUUGAUUAUGUUGCCUUUAGCCACCAUUGUAAGGAUUGUAAUUUAGUUAAGAAUAAUCUUUUUAUUUUGCACUUUUAUGGGUGAAUAUUUUUAGCAUAGCCUUUAACAAAACACCCAAACAACUCAGACGUAGUUGUUAAUCAUUAGC